AUGCAGCAGUACAAGGAUGUUGGAAUCAUCUACAGGCACUUCCCAACAACAGUGCCGUGGAAGGUAGCAGUGAUCCACGAUGCUUCAUCGGCAUCAAAAAGCAGGUCAUACAGCCAGGAAGGUGUGAUCGUACUCUCAAUGCCAGAUUUCCUCAACCUGGACAAGCAGAUUCACACCAUCGACGGCCUGAGCGUGUCAGAAGCCAAGAGAUCCAAGAGGAUUUCCUACCCUACAUCGCAUGCAGAGACGUUAGCCGCUAUCAGCGGUCUGGAAAUUUCAUCAUUGAUCCUGACCAAGAUCAAGAAGCCUUCACUUCAAGCUUUCGCUGCAGCUCAAGAACGUGGCUGCGACUUCUUGCCUGUGGAUGCGUACACCGACUGCAGAGACUUUUACGAGCUCACCACGGGCAAGUCCCAACGGGUCUACAUCCUGUGUCAUCGAGAAGCUCGUGUGGUUGGAAGAUUGAGAUGGACGAUCCUCAUACCGACACAGUGCAUGCUGGCCGAUGCUUUGACGAAGGUGAUGGUUGCAAAGCAACUACUUGGUCUUUUGACCUCUGGACUGGUGAAUUUCAAGAACGAAGAUGGACACCCAACCGAAGGCAGAAGACUUCUGCCUCAAGUGGACUUCAACGAAGGAGACCUAGAAGAAGGAUAUCAGAAAUGGCUUACCAACCUGGUGACUAUCAAGGAGAUCAAAUCAAUCCAAAACUUCACUACAUCCCAAAGGAUGAGUUCCUCGAGUUCUACACCGAGAACUACCAGCACAAACCUAUGGCUGAUUGCCUUCAUGUACAUGGCAAUGAAGGUCGCGGCACACGAUGGACAGUGCCAAACAGAUGGAGUUUCACAACGCCCAGAGCACAGGGGCACCACCGUACAGAUCGUGGUUUUCUCAGUGAUGACCACGCUUUUGCUCGGACUGCUUACUGCAGGCUGUUUUCUUUGGAAGAACAUGCAGAAGCUGACCGCUUUUGUGGAGCUGGAGACAGAACGAAUCGCCCAGGGGACCCAUCCUCUAUCGAUCAGAAAGCUGAGCAUCGAGAACGCUCACGAGGAGAUGUUCGAUGACUUCAACACCAGAGUGGAAACCUUGAACUACCAUGCCAGAGCGAUGGGCUCCGACAUCCAGAACCUACUACGACGUCGUGCACCACCACAUCCUGAUGAGCCCUCGGCAUCAAGGCCUAGAUUGGUGGACACACGUCCUACUUUGCCUGAACCUGAGAGCGGAAUGGAUGAUAGUCAUGAAGAACCUGACAUGGAGACGGACUUCAUUGAACGUACGUUCAACGAUGCUGCGUUAAGGUCUCGAGAUGGCGACACGAUGAGUCGCACACCUUCUGAGGUGAGUUUGGAUGGAGCACCUCAUGACCUAUGGCAGUAUCAACAUCGGGAGCAGAGACUGAGAAUGAGGCGCCACCUGUUGACUACCCAGGGAAACAACCUCCAGAAUGCCAUCCGGGAGGAAAUGGCCAACACAGAUGAUGGCUGA